AUGACACUAUUGAAAGCCAACCAGACUACUGUGAGUGAGUUUAUUCUACUGGGAUUAACCAAUGAUCCGACGACAGAAUUAUUUCUUUUUAUUUUCUUUUUGUUGAUAUAUAUUAUUAUACUUUUUGGAAAUAUAAGUCUUAUAUCCGCUGUUGUAUUUAUUUCUGACCUUCACAAGCCAAUGUAUUUCUUUCUCAGCAACUUAUCAUUUUCAGAUCUUUGCUUUGCUACUACUGUCACUCCUAAAAUGCUGUACAAUAUGCUUUCUGGCAUAAAAUCCAUAGAUUUUAACAGCUGUGCCUUGCAGCUCUAUUUCUUUGCAGGUUUUGCAAGCACAGAAGCAUAUAUGCUGUCUGCCAUGGCAUAUGACCGAUAUGUGGCGAUAUGCCACCCACUUCUCUAUACAGUUAUCAUGAAUAGAAAAGCCCGCAUUGUUCUCAUGGCCGGUGUAUAUAUGACUGGAUUUCUCGCUACAAGUAUUCACACAUUCUGCACCAUGCGUUUGUCUUUUUGUGGCCCUAAUACAAUCAACCAUUUCUACUGCGAUAUCCCACCACUAAUGGAGCUCUCCUGUUCAGACACGUACAUUAGCAAAACCAUCAUAUUUGUUGUUGUAUUCUGUUUGGGGUGUUUUUCUGUAGCCGUUACGCUGGCCUCUUAUUGCUAUAUUUUUUUCACCAUAAUGAAUAUCAAGUCAUCCGGGGGGAGACUCAAAACAUUUUCUACCUGUUCCUCCCACUUCUUAUGUGUGUCCUUAUUUUAUGGAACUGUUUUCUUUAUGUACCUUCGCCCGGCAUCCAAAUAUUCUGUUAGUCAAGACAAAGUGGUCUCCGUGUUCUACACAAUGAUAAUACCAAUGAUGAACCCAAUCAUCUACAGCUUACGAAAUGCUGAGGUAAAAAAUGCAGUAAGCUGGUACAUCAAUAAAUUGCUUCUCUCAAAAAUUCUAAAAUUCAAGACUGUAUAG